UUUGACAUUUCAUUCCUGUCUUCAUCUUUUCUCUCUUUCGCCAUUUGUCAAGUUUCCGUUUACUAUGGCUGACACACAAGCUGCUAUUGCACCAGCGUCCAAAGCUCCAAAGGCUGCCAAGGCCCCCAAAGCUAAAGCGCCAAAGAUUGAAAAGCCUACUUCACCAGUUGCUGCUUCUCCUAAAUACAAACGUCAUGGACGCCUUUUUGCCAAAGCAGUGUUCACUGGCUACAAGCGUGGUCUACGCAAUCAACAUGAAAAUCAGGCUAUCUUAAAGAUUGAGGGUGCUCGUCGCAAGGAACACGGUCAUUUCUACGUUGGCAAGCGUUGUGUAUAUGUUUACAAAGCGAAGACAAAGAAGUGCGUGCCCCAGCAUCCGGAACGUAAGACCAGAAUCCGCGCUAUCUGGGGCAAAGUGACCCGUCUACAUGGUAACACCGGAUCCGUGCGAGCACGUUUCAACAGGAAUUUGCCUGGUCAUGCAAUGGGUCACCGUAUUCGCAUUAUGUUGUACCCAUCAAGGAUUUAAGUAAUUAUGUUAAUAAUUAACUUUAAUUUGACCUGCAAAACCUGCGUUUUUUAACAAAUAAAAAAUAAUUAUCUUUAAAUUUAAAAGA